AUGGCCACAGACUACCGACUUUACCUCAUGAAUCUGAUUCCUAACCUGAAAAAUUUAGACUGCCGUGCAAUACGUGACGCGGAGCGAAAGACCGCUUUGACACUCACCUUGGAUGGUCUCACUUUGUCUUCGUUUGGCGAGUUAAAUAACACAAUCCCUUGUGUGGAAGAUAUCACCGCGCAGCGCGACGAUCUCACACAGGAGGACAUACCGAAACUCAAACGACAUACCAGUCCGGUGUCACACAGUUUCGUCCGGAUUCCAUCGAACAGUCGCCGCAAAGAGAAAUUCGAGGAUUCCGGCCCGCGGACCUCACUCAAUGGACCGGACACUAAAAGUGUGCCUCCAGUUACAACCACAUCCACAUAUCCGAUAAACUCAUGGACUCAGUCCGGAUCUACUCGUGGAAUGAAACAUGCCGAAUUUUACGAUCGUCGAGAACGCUACCUUACCGAACUUGAGGCGGAGUUGCUGGAGAAAAAUAAUGAUUAUCACAGUUCAAGUUUUACCGGUCGCAAGUCGGACAAACCAAGAACGAUUGCGGUGAGUUCAUCCGGGGCAUUUGGAGUGCCUAUGGACAGAGGUCUUUGUUUGUGA